CCGAGCCAGAGCCCGGCCGGCUGCGCCUCCCCCCCAGCCCGCACCGCGCCGCGGGCCGGCCGCCACCAUGCAGGCCCCGCACAAAGAGCACCUGUACAAGCUGCUGGUGAUCGGGGACCUGGGCGUGGGCAAGACCAGCAUCAUCAAGCGCUACGUGCACCAGAACUUCUCCUCGCACUACCGCGCCACGAUCGGCGUGGACUUCGCGCUCAAGGUGCUGCGCUGGGACGCGGAGACCGUGGUGCGCCUGCAGCUCUGGGACAUCGCAGGUCAAGAAAGAUUUGGAAACAUGACACGAGUCUAUUACCGAGAGGCUAUGGGUGCGUUUAUUGUCUUUGAUGUCACCAGGCCAGCCACAUUUGAAGCAGUGGCAAAGUGGAAAAAUGAUUUGGACUCGAAAUUAACUCUCCCUAAUGGCAAACCAGUUUCAGUGGUGUUACUGGCCAACAAAUGUGAUCAGGGGAAGGAUGUGCUUAUAAACAACGGCCUCAAAAUGGACCAGUUCUGCAAGGAGCAUGGCUUCGUAGGAUGGUUUGAAACAUCAGCUAAGGAAAACAUCAACAUCGAUGAGGCCUCCAGGUGCCUGGUGAAGCACAUCCUUGCCAAUGAAUGUGACCUAAUGGGGUCCAUAGAGCCGGACAUCGUGAAGCCUCACCUUCCCUCCCCCAAGGUCGUCAGCUGCUCCAGCUGUGCUAAAUCCUAGGAGGGGCCUGUGUCUGUGUAUGGCAGACACAAUCCCACUAGCUCAUGAAUUGUGCCUCAAGUGUUACCAUUUUGGGGAAAUCAGGGUAGGGAAACACAUGUGCCAAGCCAAAGAUCUGUGCCUGUACCUUUUCUGGAAGAGAAAUAGCAGUUGCUGGUUUUUGUUGUUGUUGUUGUUGUUGUUUUUAGUGUUCACCCACCAUCCACACAGUGUUUACAAGCUUUGGAACUACUUAGUCUGUUACCAAAUUCUCUUGACCUGCAGGGCAAAAUUCUGGGGGGGCCGACAUCAGCCCUGGUAUUUUCUCUUUCAAAUCAACAGAGUUGUCCAUACUUAAAGAGGAAGGGGAUAAGAGCAAACCAGCUGUCAAGUUAAGGGUUGGUGUUUGCCUUUGCCCCCGGUAUGUCUUUGUUCAGAUUUUAAUGUGUUCUCUGAUGGCCUGGCAGGCUUGUUAAAGAGAAAUGGUAUUCUCUUCCGAGACAACCUCCCUUCUUGGCAGAGAAAAGGGUUGCGUGUGAUUUAGCUCUUCAGUCAUGUCCAUAGCCUCCUGUGCUUUUGUUGCCUUCAUUCCCAUUGUGUACCUGUAGGUGCUUUUCCUCUGGCUUUCUCAGACUCAAGCUGUGGGACUCUUCUAUAUAUGUAAGAUAUAUUAUACAUAUUUUCACAAGUGAGAAAUAAAACAGUGAAUGUUGCUGUUUCCCUAUUUCUGAAAGUGCUCUAAAUUCCUUGGUGUGCUGAAUAUGUUUUUCUUUUUUUGACAAUGUGUAUUUCUCAAAAAUUCAAUUUGGAAUUUUAUUUCUGAAAGACUGUAAGAAGUUAUGCUGAGUGUAUUCCAACUACCUUAUAUCCAUUUUUGGCCAUCAGAGCAAGCAGUGUAUGCCUGUGUGUUUGUUGUUAAUUAGCGGGAUAUAUCCUCCGAUACUCUGACCCAGAAGGUGCUAGACAAACCAACAUAAAGAAGCAAAAUGUGCACAGUGUUGCCUAGCCACCACUGUGCUGAUGAGCACUACAGACAUCGUUGUAAAUAUUCGUGUAUAUGUUGAACUAGAGAUAGAGCCCAGGGAUGUGCAGGGAGUCAAACCUCUGACACUUCAGCCACAUUUUCAAGCUAGUGUUUUUUUAACUGCAUAUUUCAACUAAUACUCAUACUAUACUCACAGGCAUUUAUCUUUGAUAAUAGAUAUUUUUCAGUAUCCUAUUAUAUACUCUUUGAAAAAGCUUGUAUUUUUAUUUUUGAAUAAGGCUUUUGGGGAAAAGUAUGUUAAAUAUAGUUUCUGGCUAUAUCUUUCCUAACUUGUAAUUAUUUUUACAUAUUCUCAUUAGGAGAGACUUAAAUAGCACUCUAACCACAAGUGCGCUAUUAUGUUCUCUUGACACUCACUGUUUCUGUAAGCACCAACCAUGUGGCUCCCCGUUAUAAAUGUAACUCUUUCCCUCAGGACACUCCCUGGACCCUGGGGAGCCGACACCUGAGACCCCAGUUCAGCAAUGCUGGCAGGUACCGUCCCCUGAGGACAAGAGCAGCCCUCCACCAGGAAUCGUGGGGAUAGAGCGAUAUCUAUCCAAGUCGCUUGUUCCUCAGAAAGGACAGUUCCCAGGCAUGCUCUGUGGUCCCUCUGUGGGCAGUCCUCCUGAUUGAAGCCAUUCCCAGUUGGCUUUCUUUCCAUUUCUUAGCUCUUUACAAUUCUACUGGUGCUUCUUGGAUUUACCUUUCAAAUAAACUAAAUUCACUUAAAUCCUUGAGUU